AUGCCGAUGCGGUUGGACAUUAAACGCAAGCUCGUGCAGCGAAGCGACCGGGUGAAAGGGGUGGAGAUUCACCCCACCGAGCCGUGGAUCUUGACCAACUUGUACAGUGGGAACGUGGUGAUAUGGGACUACGAGACGAACUCGCUGGUGAAGUCGUUCGAGGUGACGGAACUCCCGGUGCGGUCGUCGAAGUGGAUCGCGCGCAAGCAAUGGAUCGUCGCGGGAUCGGACGAUAUGUUCAUCCGGGUGUACAAUUAUAACACCUCCGAGCUCGUCGUCGGAUUCGAGGCGCAUCAGGAUUACAUCCGUUCGAUCGCAGUGCACCCGACGCAGCCGUACAUCGUGACGUGCUCGGACGACAUGCUCAUCAAACUCUGGGACUGGGAGCGACAGUGGGACUGCGCGAUGGUUUUUGAAGGGCACUCGCAUUACGUCAUGCACGUCGUGUUCAACCCGAAGGACACGAACACGUUCGCGAGCGCAUCGCUCGAUCGCACGGUGAAGGUGUGGAACGUGACGUCGCCGGUGUGCAACUUUACGCUCGAGGGACACGAGAAGGGGGUGAACUGCGUCGAUUACUUCAACGGGGGCGAUCGCCCGUACCUCAUCUCCGGUGCGGACGACAAGUUGGCCAAGAUUUGGGAUUAUCAGACAAAAUCGUGCGUGCAGACGCUCGAGGGUCACGCGCACAACGUGUCCGCGGUGAGCUUCCACCCCGAGCUGCCGGUGAUCAUCACCGGUAGCGAAGACGGAACGUUGCGCAUCUGGCACCAGAGUACGUACCGCCUCGAAAACACCCUGAACUACGGUUUGGAGCGGGUUUGGGCGAUUGGGUGCUUGAAGGGUUCGAAUUCAGUGGCCAUCGGUUACGAUGAAGGUACGGUGAUGUUUAAGAUUGGCCGAGACGAGCCGGUGGUCAGCAUGGACAACACGGGGAAGAUCAUCUGGUGCAAGCACAACGAAGUUCAGACGACCAACGUCAAGGCGCUGCCGGUCGAGUACGAGAUCGUUGACGGUGAGCGAUUACCUUUGCCGGUGAAGGAGCUCGGUAAUAGCGAGCUGUACCCGCAAAGCUUGUCUCAUAACCCUAAUGGACGCUUCGUCACGGUGUGCGGCGAUGGCGAGUAUAUCAUCUACACGGCACUCGCGUGGAGGAACAAGAGCUUCGGGAGCGCGAUCGAAUUCUGUUGGAGCUUGGAUCCGAGCGAAUAUGCCGUUCGUGAGAGCUCGAGUAAGAUCAAGGUUUUCAAAAACUUCACCGAGAAGAAUUCCUUCCGACCAAACUUCACCGCCGAGGGUUUGUACGGUGGUGCGUUGCUCGGUUUGCGCUCCACAGAUUUCAUUUGCUUUUACGACUGGGACGAGUGCCGAGUCAUUCGACGUUUGGACGUGUCCGUCAGAAACGUUAUUUGGAGUGAGUCUGGCGAGAUGGUGACGAUCGUGAGCGACACGAGCUUUUUCAUCCUGAGAUACAACCUCGAGGCGACUGCUGAAGCUUUCGCCUCAGGACAAGUUGACGAGAGUGAGGGUAUUGAAGAGUCGUUUGAGUUGAUCGCUGAAGUGAAUGAAACAGCCGUGACGGGCAUCUGGGUCGGUGACUGCUUCAUUUACACCAAUGUUGAUAAGAGAUUGAACUACUGCGUCGGCGGUGAGGUGACCACGCUCACGCACUUAGACCGCUCAAUGUUCAUCUUGGGUUAUCUCGCGGCGCAAAAUCGUGUGUUCUUGAUGGACAAGAACUACGGCAUCGUUUCCUUCACCUUGCUGCUCACCGUCGUUGAGUUCAAGACCUUGGUGCUUCGUGGUGAAUUGGAAGCCGCAGAAGAAGUGCUCGAAUCGAUUCCGGUUGACCAACACAACUCCAUCGCCCGCUUCUUAGAGUCUCGCGGGUUGGUGAGUGACGCGUUGCGAAUCGCCACAGACCCAGACUUCAAGUUUGAACUAGCGGUCCAAUUGGGUGAACUCGACAUCGCGCGAGAGAUCGUCGAGAGCCAAGGAGCGAGCGAAUCGAAAUGGAAGCAACUUGGGGAGCUCGCGAUGUCGAACGGCGAUCUCGAUCUCACGAACAAGUGCUUGGAAAAGUCUGGCGAUUUGUCCGGUCAGCUGCUGCUCGCGACCUCCUCCGGAUCGGUCGAUAAAUUGAAUCAGCUCGUGAAGGAAUCGAUAGCGAAGGGGAAGAACAACGUUGCAUUUGUUUCCAUGUUCAUGCUGAAGAAUGUCGAUGGUUGUAUCGACUUAUUGAUUGAGACGAAGCGCAUCCCUGAGGCGGCGCUCUUCGCCAGAACGUACGCCCCGAGCCGUGUGACGGAGAUCAUCGCGCUGUGGAAAGAAGAGUUGAGCAAAAUCAAUAAGAAGGCGGCGGAAGCUUUGGCGGAUCCAAUCGUCAGUGCCGAGUUGUUUGAAGGUUUUGAGGAGGCUCUCUCCGCAGAAGCCCGCGCUCGCGCGUCCGCCGGAGAUUUCCCAGAGGCGUGCUCGUACGGCGUCGGAUUGGCAGUCGACAACCUGACCACCGCAGUAGAUAACGUCAAGGUCGGUGACGAAGCCAUAGAUGAAGAACUGGCCGAGGCUUUCGUUGAGGAAUCGACCGAAGCCGUCGAGGAGCCUGAACUGGCUCCGGAAACUGAGCCAGAACCUGUUGUUGAAACCGAGCCGACUCCGGAACCAACUCCGGAACCAACCCCGGAACCGACUCCAGAAGCCGAGCCCAAGGCAGAGGAGCCGGCAGAAGAGGAGGUCUCCGAAGCUGCCGAAGAAGGUGCCGAGGAGGACUGGGGUCUCGGCGACGACGAAUCGCCCGCAAAGGCGGACUAG